AGUGUUGAAGGUGAGUGUGGUAAUGGAAUUUAUGAAUACGUUAAAAAGGAGAUAAAUUCCCAACCACAGAUAAUGGUUUUGAAUGGGAAACCCAGUAUCCCAGUAAACAAUUCAAAAUAUUUAUGUGUGUUUGCUUAGAAGUUCAUGGUUUUAGUUUGUGCCCCAGUGUUAACUUCAACAUGACACCACCAGCUGAAGAAGUUCGUAAAAGGACACCAUCUGAUUACAUUUUUGGGAAGGUGCUAGGAGAAGGAAGUUUCAGCACUGUUUAUUUAGCAAAAGACAUUCACACGAACAAAGAGUAUGCAAUAAAAGUACUGGAGAAGGCACACAUAAUUCGUGAAAAAAAAACUGAAAAUGUGAUGAGAGAAAAAGAGGUCCUGCGAAUACUGGGCAAUAGCUCUCCCUAUUUCGUCCGCUUAUAUUGGACAUUCCAAGACCCUGAGCGUCUCUACUUUGUUCUGAGCUAUGCCAAAAACGGAGAUGUGCUUUCUCAAUUGGAGAAGCAACAGUGCUUGAGCAUUGAGUGUGCCAGGUAUUACACUUCUGAAUUGAUACUUGGGCUCGAAUUUCUGCAUGACAGAGGCAUAGUUCAUAGAGACUUGAAGCCGGAAAAUCUUCUGUUCCAAGAAAACUGGCAUCUACUAAUUACAGAUUUGGGUAGUGCCAAGAUUAUGACUGAUUGUGAUAAUGAGAAUGAUGAUUUUGAUAAGCGAAGACGCAACAGUUUUGUAGGUACCGCACAAUUCGUCAGUCCGGAGAUGCUCACUGACACAUCGUCGUCAUACGAAUCGGACUUGUGGGCUUUGGGCUGCAUUAUUUACCAAAUUGUGUCCGGAGUCAUGCCUUUCAGAGGAGGCAGCGAGUACCUCGUUUUCCAGAAAAUCCUGAAACUGCUCUACGACUUCCCCGAGGGAUUCGACAGGGUUGCCAAGGAUCUGGUCGAAAAGUUAUUGGUGAUUGAUCCGAGGCAACGGUUAGGGGCGAACGACGAGAAACGAUACACCAGUCUGAGGGAUCACGCUUUCUUCAACGGGCAAAACUGGGAUGAUUUGGGCCCACCGCCUGCUAUGUUCGAUACCAGCGACGAGCCGAACGCGAAAAUCAUCCCGGACCACUUGGAGCCCGGGCUGGACGAGGAAAAGGCCUCGCGGCUGCACCUCGACCUCCUUACGCCGCCCCCCGAACCGCCCUCGAGGAAGAAGUCGCCGCCCAACAGGAGGAUCACCGACCUCACGCCCCUAGAGAUACAGCAAAGAUUGGAGGCGCAGAAGAGCAACAUCUACCACAGCUUCGUCGAGGACAACCUCAUCGUCAAGCAGGGCGUGGUCGAUAAGAGGAAGGGUCUGUUCGCGCGCAGACGCGUCUUCCUGCUAACCUUGGGGCCGCACCUCUACUACGUCGACCCCGUCACGAUGACGUUCAAGGGAGAGGUGCCGUGGAGCGCUGACAUGCGCACCGAGGCCAAGAACUUCAAGACGUUCUUCGUGCACACUCCAAAUCGGAAGUACUACCUGGAAGACCCAGAAGGUUAUGCACUAGAAUGGUGCAAAGCAAUAGACGACGUUAAAAGUUACUAUUAUCCUGAAAAAACUUGAGAUAAAUUGUUAGAUCUGUAAAACUAGACAAUUUGGCAUCUGUGUUCCAUUAUUUAUUCCUAAAUUAUUUGUAUUAUUAUAUCUAUGAGUUAAGACUUCAUUGUUUUAUAAAUGUAUCAAUGUCAUUUACAACUAUUUUUCAUCAUCACUAAAACUGGUGUAUAAAUAAAUACUAUUUACACUGGAUUAUUUACAUCACUAUUAUUAAAAAAUAAUUAAAUUAUUUGAAAU